AUUACCUGUUGUUGUUUCCUACCUGUGCCCAUGUUUACCUGUGUUGUCCAGGUGUUUCUCGGCGGUGGCGCUCAGCUGCUGCAGCUCCAGCAGGACUUGAUUCCUCGCAGCUCUCACCUCCUCUCCUCCUAUCACCUGCUCAAACACAUCAGCCAAAGCCCCGCCUCCUGCGUACCUGUCGACAUACUAGACGCUCACCUGCAGCACCUCACCGUGUUGGAGCUGUCCGACGCCCCGUCAGUCUCCUCACACAGAUCAGUUCUGAGUCCUCAGACGGUGGUGGAGCUCUUCUACCAGACCAUGGCGAGGAAGAUGAUGGUCUCCCAGAUCUUCUCUCAGCAGCAGCAGCAGCACACCGACGCCCUGCUCCACUGGACCCACAUCACCUCCAACCUGGUCCACCUGCUGGCUCAGCUGCUUUGGCCCAAUAACACUGGUUUCCAGUUCCCUGAGUGUCUGAUGGCCAACUGUCAGUACACUCAGCUCCAGGAGUAUGUGAGGCUGAUCGGGCCGUGGUGUCAGAUGAACGUGGGCUCUCGACGGUUCAUGCUCGGACAGUGUUACCUCGCCGACGGAGAGGGACAGAAGGCUCUCCAGUGUUUCCAGGAGGCGGCGUCUGAGGUGGAGAAGGAGGAGUUCCUGUUGAGACUGACGGGCAGUGAGGAGGAGGAGUCAGCGUCUACCCCCCGCCUACAGUAUUAUAAUAAGGUGCUGAGGCUGUUGGAGGAUGUGGGUCUACCUGAGCUCGUGAUCCAGCUGGCCUCUCUCGCCAUCUCAGAGGCCACCAGCGACGUCAACAGCCAGGCGGCUCUGUGGACCAGGAUCUUCAAACAUCACCUGGAUCUGGGUCACAACAGCGAGGCCUAUGAAGCUCUGACCCAGAACCCUGACAGCAGCAUGCAGCUGGACUGUCUUCGUCAGCUGGUGGUGGUUCUGUGUGAACGCUCUCAGCUCCAGGAUUUGGUCCAGUUCCCCUACGUGAACCUGCAUGAUGAGGUGGUCAGCAUCAUCGAGUCUCGGGCCCGGGGUCUGGACCUGCUGGCUCAUAACUACUACGAGCUGCUGUACGCCUUCCACAUCAACAGACACAACUACAGGAAAGCGGGGACGGUGAUGUUUGAGCUGGGGAUGCGUCUGGGUCGGGAGGUCCGGACUCGCCAAGGUCUGCAGAAACAGGUGAACUGUUACCUGUCUGCUCUCACCUGUCUGCGCCUCAUCAGACCAGAGUACGCCUGGAUUGUCCAGCCGGCCUCCGGCGCCGUGUACGAGCGUCCUGGAGCGUCUCCAAAAAGGAACUCUGAUGGAGAGUUAACGUCUGAACCAGUCAGACGUCAGGUAGACAUCCUGGAACUCAAGGACCUGGAGAAGGAGUACAUCCUGUCCCGCAGCCGUCUCACACUAGCACAGCAUCACCCUCCAUCCGCCGCCAUCGCAGGAAGUGCAUCAGCGGAGGAGAUGGUGGCCUUGUUGGUCCAAACAGGACUCUUUGACUCUGCUGUGUCGGUGUGUCAGACGUUCAAUCUGAGCCUGAUGUCGGUGUUUGAAGGGUUGACCUUUAAGUGUAUAAAGCUCCAGUUUGGGGGGGAGGAGUCUCAGAAUGAAGCUUGGAGCUGGUUGGCUGCUAACCAGCUGUCCUCAGUCGUCAAUACUAAAGAGUCCAGUGCAACAGACGAGGCGUGGCGUCUCCUGGCCUCCUACCUGGACAGGUAUCCAUCCUCUAAUGGACGACAUCAUCGCUGUGUCAUCAACAAGCUCCUCUCACAUGGCGUGCCCCUCCCUGAUUGGUUGAUCAAAUCCUACAAGGCGGUGGACGCAGCGUCUCUGCUACGUCUCUUCCUGAACUUUGACCUGCUGGAAGCGGCGGCCGAGCUGGUGAUGGAGAACGUGGACGCUCUGCUGGGACGAGGACACCUGGACUAUGGCAUACAGAGACCUCUGUCAGCCACCUCGUCCUCCGUCUGGUUGCCGUACACGUCCAUCGAUCAGCUGCUGCACACGCUCAAUGAGACGCAGACCAACAGCAGUAUCUACCACAGAGUCCGGGAAAAGCUGAACGAUUAUCACAAACUGGUGGAGCAGACGACCAAACGCCGACUAAUUGCUCCCUGAACCAACCAAUCAGAGAGCAGCAAACAGCAGAUCCUAUUUUUGUACUCUGUGAGGUCAAAUGUGUUCAGAACGAGUGUUGUUUAAAAAAAAGCUUUUUUUAUAUUUCUUUUUGUACUUGUGUCGUUUUGUAAAUUUUGAUCUAAAUAAAGUUGAGUGUAAGCAAA